GCACAGUCAAGCACAACCGCAAGCUAAUACACAAGAGUGCACUGUACACAUCACGAUUUGUGGUACUCCUUGAACACAACAAAGCUAGAAGAGGUGCAUAUGGAGAUGCUCAAGGUUCAACGAUAGGCUACUUUGCCCGCAUCUUUCCCUCUUCGAACGAUAUCCGCAUUUUGACCUCCGCAUGUGCAGCUUUGAACCAUACUCAUGGCUGUGAACAGAAUAAGAGGCGCCUUCGCGGUGCCCAGAAAGGGCGAGACGUUCGAGUUGCGAGCUGGCUUAGUAUCGCAAUAUGCCUGGGAGCGAAAAGAGGCCAUUCAGAAGACUAUCAUGUCCAUGACACUAGGCAAAGAUGUUUCCGCUCUGUUCCCUGACGUUCUCAAGAACAUUGCAACUCAGGACCUAGAUCAAAAAAAGCUUGUCUACCUAUAUCUUAUGAACUACGCAAAGUCACAUCCAGACCUCUGUAUCCUUGCCGUAAACACCUUCGUCCAAGACUCUGAAGACCCCAACCCUCUAGUCCGCGCUCUUGCUAUUCGAACUAUGGGAUGUAUCCGCGUCGACAAGAUGGUAGACUACAUGGAAGAACCCCUCCGUAAAACUCUCCGCGACGAAUCCCCUUACGUCCGCAAGACUGCCGUGCUCUGUGUUGCCAAAUUAUUCGAUCUCAAUCCUGCGAUGUGUAUUGAGAACGGCUUUCUCGAAACGCUCCAGGAACUUGUUGGAGAUCCUAAUCCAAUGGUCGUGGCAAACUCCGUGAGCGCUCUUGUAGAGAUAAAUGAGGCCGCUCCAGAAACGAAGGCAUUUCAAAUUACACCCCAGACACUAAAGAAGAUGAUGCUAGCAUUAAAUGAGUGCACUGAAUGGGGAAGGAUUACUAUAUUGACUGCAUUAGCUGAGUACAAGGCAUCUGAUGUGAAAGAGUCGGAACAUAUUUGUGAGAGGGUUGUUCCGCAAUUUCAACACGCUAAUCCGGCAGUUGUUCUUGCUGCAAUCAAAGUCGUGUUUCUUCACAUGAGAUAUAUCAGCGCCGAUCUGUCAAGGUCCUACUUGCGUAAAAUGGCUCCACCGCUAGUAACUCUCGUCUCAUCUCAGCCCGAAGUGCAGUAUGUGGCGCUGCGAAAUAUUGAUUUGCUCUUGCAGAAGCAACCAGACAUCCUAAGCAAAGAAAUGCGUGUUUUUUUCUGCAAAUACAACGACCCGCCAUAUCUAAAGCUUCAGAAACUCGAAAUUAUGGUCCGGAUAGCCAACGAUAAAAAUGUCGAUCAACUUUUAGCUGAACUUAAGGAAUACGCGAUGGAAGUGGAUAUGGACUUCGUUCGACGAGCGGUGAAAGCGAUCGGCCAAGUAGCCAUCAAGAUCGAAGAAGCCAGUGAGAAGUGCGUUAAUGCGCUUCUUGACUUGAUAGCUACAAAAGUCAAUUAUGUAGUGCAAGAGGCGAUUGUGGUCAUCAAAGAUAUCUUCAGAAAAUACCCUGGCUACGAAGGUAUUAUUCCAACUUUAUGCCAGUGUAUUGAUGAACUUGAUGAACCAAACGCCAGAGCAGCGCUUAUAUGGAUUGUGGGCGAAUAUGCAGAAAAGAUCAGCAACGCUGGCGAUAUUCUUGCCGGCUUUGUUGAAGGCUUCAACGAAGAGUUUACACAGGUUCAAUUGCAGAUCUUGACCGCGGUGGUCAAACUCUUCCUUAAAAAACCAGAUCAAUCGCAAGGAUUGGUGCAAAAAGUACUCCAGGCCGCAACUGCGGAGAAUGACAAUCCGGAUAUCAGGGAUCGAGCAUACGUCUACUGGAGACUACUCUCAUCUGAUCCCCAAAUCACGAAAAACGUUGUCUUAUCAGAGAAGCCUCCUAUCGCCACAACUAUUCAAUCACUCCCCAGUGCUCUCCUUGAAUCGCUUAUAAGUGAGCUAUCCACCCUUGCGUCUGUAUAUCACAAAUCUCCGGAGACGUUUCUCGGACAAGGCCGCUUUGGCGCCGAAGCUAUGCAAAGAGCUGCUAUCGAGGAGCAGCAGCAACUCGCUAAGGAGAACCCGACGGUUGCCGCCAUCGCAGCCGCAAACGCAAGUGGUGGCCAAGUACAGCAAAGCAAUAUUGAGAAUUUACUUGACAUCGAUUUUGACGGCAGCGCACCCGCGAGUCUGCAAAAUGCACCUGUGAGGGGAACGAGUGGAUUGGAAGGACUGGCAGGAACGCCGCAAAGGGUGGCUAGUCCAUCGGCAGGCACGUCAGCACAGCCAUCGAACACAAUGGAUGACUUACUAGGCGUAUUUGGAAACGGUCCAUCAGCUGCCCAGACUUCCACCGCGGGAGCAGGAUUAGAAGACUUGAUGGGCGGCUUUGCAAGCCUGGACAUGAAUGGUGCGAGUCAACCUCCUCCUCCACAGCAACAGUUGCAAAGCAAGAGCAAACAGACAAAUGAUGAUAUCCUGGGACUGUUCUAGUUUUGAACAGUUUUACUGGGCAUAUACUCAAUACCGUAGGAGGUAGAAACGAGUGUUUUUGCAAGUAAGCCGAUAUCAAAUACAUCCUCUGCAAACAUUAACAACGUCGCGAAUGAUAAAAUCAUUGUUUCGGUGCGUAAAUUUGACCGCGCAACAUCCGUC